UAGAAUGGAUAAUUGUGAUUAUGAAAACAGCUUCACUCCAGGACAAUAGUCAUAACACACACACACAACUCUUUCAUUAUUCUAUGGGGAGCAUUUUCUAUUGGCUGUGGCACUCAACGGGAGCAUUAAGGGGAGGAGGGAGGAGAGGUGAUGCCACUAUAAGGCCGAACAGGAUCCUGACUGAAGGUAAAGACAGAAUUCUUCUUAAAUAGCUGGAUCAAGGACGCUAGCAUAGUUUUCUCUUUUCCUAUUAAUAAAAGAGUAUACUUUGUUUUGGACUUUUUUAUAUAUAUAUAUAUUUAUAUAUAUAUAUAUAUAUAUAUAAAUCAGCAAUGACAGCAAAAACCAAGCUUUUGCAAUGGCCAGAAAUCAAAUUUCGGGAACGACCGGAGGAUUUUACACUCUCUGAACAUCCGAGGCUGACCCGCAGUGAUCCCCGGGCCUGGAUGACCUCUGCGACCCCCGUUUACCAAUCCACAGGUGACCACUACACUCACGCGUCGGUGGAUGUCACCAUGGACACGUACAUAUCUGGAAGCAACAGUCCUUUGACAGCGGAAUCCGACCUGGAAAGACCUAAAACAAAUGGUGGGGUCGAGCCAAAUCUGCCCGGUCCUCAGAGACACAGACGUGUGGCCGCCAAUGCGAGGGAAAGGCGGAGGAUGCACGGACUGAAUCGAGCGUUUGACAAACUGAGGAGCGUUAUUCCCUCCUUAGAGAACGAGAAAAAACUGUCUAAAUAUGACACCCUGCAGAUGGCGCAGAUAUACAUCACAGAACUGUCCGAUUUGUUGGAGGGUGUUGUGCACUCGGAGUGCAGAGGUGUAAGGGAAGGUUGCAGCCCACCAUGUAGUCAAAGGAGUCCAUCUCAGUCUUUGAGGACCAGCGUCAAUUACGCAAUGGAUGCACCUUCCUCUAAUUUUGUUCCGGAGAAAAGCGACGUCACAUCGUCCAACGCCAGCGAUGGCGAAUCGUCGCAUUUUAGUGACAUUGAAGAAGGACAGACUGGAGGACGCUGAUGCCUUUGGUGGACUGAUUUUGUGUCACUAAGUCGAUAAUUAAUAAUUAUUUAUUUGUCUGUGUUUUAGUAGACACCGAAAGAACCAAAUACAGUAGACAGACCCUGAUGAUGGUUAGUCCUAGACAAUGCUUCAUUAAAGCUUGAUUGUCAAAAUUUAUGAAAGCUGUCAAAAAUUUACAAAAAAGGGGGAAAAUGAAGAACAAAUCUGUAUAAGCCCUUUAGUUGCACUUUAUUGACAGAUCCUUACCUAAUUUUGGAUUUUCCAUACUACAUGUACAAAACCUCCAUCAGUAAUGAGAGAAAUAUGCUAUUUAUGUAUCUUUGUGAUUUUGUAUUACCUCAAAAGUUUAAUAAAGAUUCUCUUUUCAUAGAUUUUGAUUUGAUCCUUUUAUUUAUGCAUUGGUUAUAUAUAACAGUAAGGUCACACAAUCUGGUGGUCUGUUUGGCCGUUCUGAUAAAUCACAUGCACAUUUCUGCCUUUAAACCCUCCAAAGAUUGGCUCAAUUCACUUCCAUAGUAAGUGCCUGUAACCCAAAGUUUUCCUUUUUUAAAAAGAAAAGGAGGGACAAGCUGAUAUUAUUUUUUGUGGUAAUCAACAUUUUGCCACAAAUGCUGUCCAUUAAACUUAACUUGUAUUAAACACAGAAUAUUCCUUUAACACACAUUCCGCUGACUACCUGAACCACAGCAAAGAGAACAAAUUUUAUGGCAUAAAGAAUUGUAGCUGCAACAACUGGAAUGCAAAUUUAUGGUUAUUUGAUGGUUCAUGCCACUGACCAAAUCACAGCCAUAAUGUUAUUUACAAUAACCCUCACUCUGAAGUUCAGUUGCUUCAAUAUACACAUAUUAACAGCAUAACAUAGUUCAAUAUGCAUUACUUAAUACUUACAAUAAUUACAUAAAACAUAGCAUGUACAUUGUUUAUCCACCUUUUUCCUGAAUGUGGAAGUGUCCUACGAUUUAUAACAGAAGCCUGUUUCCGUUUUCCGGUCUGCAUUGUUUUCACUUGCAUUGGGGUAUGUUUUUAGCAGAUAAUAUAAUGUUUAGCUUAUUAAAGGUGCACUCAGUAACUUUUUCCUCAUUAAAAAAGUUUAACUCCUAAAGACCUGAAUUGUAAUUUUGCAGUAUAUGUAGGAAAUCAUGACCACUCACACUGACAUGAAGACUCCAGUCAUAUCAGUAACCUUAUAAAAGCUGUUUUAUUCUACACGGAGAGGGUCCGUACAUGGGGGCUGCCAUGUUAGAAUCACAUGACCAGCUGAAUACUACUCGCUUAAUCUCAGUAACUGUCCUGUUAUCUGACACUUUCACUCAUUUAUUAAAGUAAUCAUGGCUGACUGUGAAUGCUAAAUUUCUACAACGGCAUCUGAAACUGAAAACUAUUUAUUUUAAAUGAUGCUGCAUCCAAGCCGCUAGGUGUCAGUAUAACGGCUGUUUUACAUCACACACCGAAGCAGUGCGUGAGCCGAACUGAAGCAGUGUGUCACGACAAUUUAGAAGCAAACAACGUGUGUGCUUUUACACUAGCAGUAAUUAAAAUAAAAACACCCUAGACUACAAUUUUUCUACUUUUUUUUUUUUUUGGUCGACUCACGAUGUCCAUCAAUAGUGCACUUUCACUUUAAUUCAGCUUGAGCAGCGCAGCAAAAAUAGACUGCGCCGAAACUUCCACUGCACUGCUGCGCAUGCGCUGCUUCCAAUGUAAAUACACUAAUUUGUUAACAUGGACACCGAAAAAAAUACGCACUGCUUCUGUCCUGUUUCGGCAUGCGGUGUAAAACAGGCGUAAGUCCAAGAUGACACAAAGACAAAAGUUACUGAGUGCACUUUUAAAUUUGUAAAAAAGAAAAAAAAAAAGCAUGUGGCUCCAUAAUUCCAACACUUACAAAGUUACAAUGACCAUCUUUUGACAUUGCCUCACCGGUCAGAGUUUAGGUAUAAAUAUAGUUGACAUGGACCAAUGGCCUGAGGUUAGUUACAUUGAUAUUGUUAAUUACUUUGAGUUGUUAUGACAGCCAAUAACAGCACAAAUUAUGCCUGAAUUACUUUUGCUCUAAUUAACACUUAAAAUAAUUUUUGUUCAUUGUCUAGAUUGCUUGUUUUGGAAGAUUUACAUUUCUUCUUAUGGAAACCGGAACCAGAAAACAGUCCAGAGGCAAUCAGAAUCAUCAUGGUGCCACCCAGGGGUUGGUCAGUAAAACUGUGGAUAUAAUCAUCAUCUCACAACACAUUCUGUACAGAUGCAAAUUAUUAUUAAAAGAUUACAUUUAUAGGAGCAGUUCACCAAAAAAAUUAAAAUGAUCUCAUCAUUUACUUGCCCUCAUGCCAUCACAAACUCAUUUGACUUUCUUUCUUCUGCGGAAUACAAACAAAGAUUUUCUGAAGAAUGUAUGAUGUGUUUCUGUCCGUACAAUGUAAGUCCAACACUUUUAAGCUAAAAAAAGACCAUGAAGUGAGCAUAAAAGUUAUUCGUAUGACUUGAACGGUUUGAUGUAUGUCUUCUGAAGCAAUAUGAUAUCUUUGGGUGAGAAUUGUUUUUCCUUUUUUUUUAGUUUGGGAUAGGGGGAUUUGUGUUUUUUGUAUUUAUUUAUUUAUUUAUUUUUGGGAUACUUUUCAAAUGUACCGCGGUCUGAUAAACACUAGAAAAUGAAAAUGCAACUUCUUAUUUAUGUAUAAUGAUACUGAUAUUGAGUACCUGGCAACCGUGCACUGUGUUUCAGGCUGGGUGACAAAUUUAUAGUGAAUAGUGGUCUGAUAAACUCUAGAAGAUGAAAAAUGCAACUUCUUUUUUAUGUAUAAAGAUACCGAUAUUGAGUACCUGGCAACCGUGCGCUGUGUUUCAGGCUGGAUGACAAAUUUAUAGUGAAUAAGGACAUUUUAUCUGUUUCUCAUCCAAAGCGAUCGUAUCACUUCAGAAGACAUACUAAACACUUGGCCAAAUGGAUUACUUUUAUGCUGCCUUUAUGUCCUUUUUGGAGCUCGAAGGUUUUGGACCCCAUUGACAUACAUUGCAAGUGCAAAACAUUCUUCAAAAUAUCUUUGUUAGUGUUCCACAGAAGAUGAAAAAAGUCAGACGAGUUUAGGAUGGCAGAAGGGUGAGUAAAUGAUGAGAGAAUUUUCACUUUUGGGUGAACUAUCCCUUUAAAACUUGGGUGUCACAGAUAUGCCUAAAGUUAUUCAACAUUUUACUUCUGUAAUGUUACUUAUGUUUGAGUAAAAUAGCAUAUUCAGCAUGGAAAUUAUACAUAUUUAAAAUAAAUUAAACGAUAUUAUCCAUUGGAAAAUCAUUGGAUUGUAUCAUUGGAUCGUGAAAAACUGUCUCUGCACCAUGAUAAAAUGAUCACACUCAUGCUCUCAAGAGAGCAGCUCGGAAAAUGGAGCACAAGUGGAAGAGUACAAAAUUAGAGGUAUUUUGCGGUGCAUGGAAGGAUAGUUUCUGUAGCUACAGACAGGCACUAAAAGCUGCCAGGUCUGCAUAUUUUAGCAAACUCAUAAAAAAUAAUCACAACAAUCCUACAGUAGGUGUUAAUUCAGUACUGUGGCUAAAUUGGUUAAGAAUAAAGCCUCGACUGAACCAGAUAUUUCAUCGCAGCACAAUAGUAAUGACUUCAUGAAUUUCUUUACUGAUAAAAUUGAAAUAGUCCAAUAAAAUUGGAAUUAUACAAUCGUCUGUCACAGUACCACAGAAAACAGUAUCUCAUAAUUUUCCUCAAAAGCAACUUCAAUCCUUCGCUAUCAUUGGUCAUGAAGAGCUUACAAAACUUAUCAAAACAUCAAAAGCCACAAUAUGUAUGUUAGAUCCAAAAUUAACUAAGACCUUAAAAGGGAUAUUCCCUGUAAUCUCAGAACCUCUUCUUAAUAUUAUUAAC